AUGGCCUCCCUCUCCAGACUAGAUCUUCGGGAAUGCCUCCAAACCCUGUCUGUCUUGCAGUGGCUCCCAGUCUACAUAUUUUUAGGAAUGAUUCCUGUUUUUCUUAUACCCUACUUUCUGGUGUUCACUAAAUUCUGGAUCUUGUCUGUGCUUGCCUUAGCCUGGCUCGCCUAUGAUUGGAAUACCCACAGUCAAGGUGGUAGGCGUUCAGCUUGGGUACGAAAUUGGACCCUCUGGAAGUAUUUUCAAAAUUAUUUCCCAAUAAAGCUGGUGAAGACUCAUGACCUCUCUCCCAAACACAACUAUAUCAUUGCCAAUCACCCCCAUGGCAUUGUCUCUUAUGGUGUGUUUAUCAACUUUGCUACUGAGGCCACUAGCUUUGCUCGGAUUUUCCCAGCCAUCACUCCUUCCGUAGGGACCUUGGAAUGGAUCUUCUGGCUCCCAAUUGUGCGAGACUAUGUGAUGUCAAUGGGUGUGUGCCCAGUGAGUGGCUUGGCUUUGAAGUAUUUGCUGACCCAGAAAAGUGCAGGAAAUGCUGUGGUUAUUGUGGUGGGUGGAGCUGCUGAAGCCCUCUUGUGCCGGCCAGGAGCCUCUACCAUCUACCUUAAAGAACGUAAAGGUUUCGUGAAGUUGGCACUGAAGACAGGAGCAUACCUUGUCCCUUCCUAUUCCUUUGGAGAGAAUGAGGUUCACAAUCAAGAGACAUUCCCUGAGGGCACGUGGAUAAGGUUCUUCCAAAAAAUCUUCCAGGCCACAUUCAAAAAAAUCCUGGGACUAAAUUUUUGUACCUUCCAUGGCCGAGGCCUCACUCGAGAAUCCUGGGGCUUCCUUCCUUUCAAUCGGCCCAUUACCACUGUUGUCGGGGAGCCCCUGCCAAUCCCCAAGAUUAAGAAGCCAGACAAGACGACAGUGGACAAGUACCAUGCACUCUACAUCGAUGCCUUGCGCAAGCUGUUUGACCAGCACAAAGUUCAGUAUGGCCUUCCUGAGAGCCAGGAGCUGACAAUCAUAUAAGAGGAACUAGGUCUCCCCCAUUACUAAACUCCUAGAGUAUUGAGGGAUCCAGAUAGGGCCAGCCAGAAGGGAGAAUUUGGGGAGAGAGGAGGAUCUCAGGUGUGAGAGAGGCCAACCAAGCCAGAAAGUACUUAAUGAAUCUGGCUUGGCGGAAGGAACCAGAGGGGCAGAGGAAGAGUAGGGAACAACCCACUUUAGAAAGCAGAGUCUUGUAAAUCCACAGACCUUGUGUGCCCCCUGACUCCAGCCGGCUCUCUGAUCAAAGCAAUGAGAAGCCAAAGAACACCACUGCUCCUUCCUCCCAAGCCUUAGUGACACCAUCACGAUGUAGCUUUAGGCUUAGAAGCCUUGUUGAGAACAGGAAUGGUUUGUUUCCUCCUCCUCCUUACAAUUUGGGAAAUACAACAAGGUAAACCAGGGACCUGACCUGUAGUUCCUGAUCCAAGCAGAAAGGAUUCCCUCACUUGUGACCCAGUUCU